CAAAGAUAACAUUUAUUUUUUUGUUUCGCAAUUACCCCAUAAAGAGAGAUGAACAGAAGUUCGACCUCUUUUGUAAACACAAUCGUUCAUAAAUUUUUUGAGUAUCCAAUUACCGAAGGUUUUGUCAUUUGUCAAUAUUCAGCUGAUCAACUGCUGAUGAGAGUUGAUAAAUAGACGAACUUUAACCGGCAUAUAAUAUAUUUGUAUAACGUUCGUCUUUUCUCAAAAACGUCAGACUAAGUAAAAUUAUUCAAAAAAUGACAUCUAGGGCUAUAGGGAGGAUUUUGUUCUCCAAUAUUCAAAAUAAAGCAACCUUGGCCAAAUUAAUCCAAAAUGUUAGGCUGUACAGUGUACCUGCAGAAAAUUUUGAAUUCAUCAAAGUAUCCAAAACUGGUGCCAACAACAAUGUAGGAAUUAUCCAGCUCAACCGCCCAAAAGCAUUGAAUGCUUUAUGCAAUGGACUCAUGACGGAAGUAUCAAAAGCCUUAGAUCAUUUGGAGGCUGACAAAUCAGUUGGUGCCAUAAUUAUAACUGGAAGCGAAAAGGCAUUUGCCGCUGGAGCGGAUAUCAAAGAGAUGAAAGACAACAAAUACUCUGAUUGUAUUUCUGGAAAUUUCCUGGAACACUGGUCUAGAGUAGCUCAGACCUACAAACCGGUCAUUGCUGCAGUUAAUGGAUAUGCUCUUGGUGGAGGAUGCGAGCUAGCCAUGAUGUGUGACAUUAUCUAUGCAGGAGAUUCUGCCAAAUUUGGACAGCCGGAAAUAUUAAUUGGCACUAUUCCCGGUGCCGGAGGCACUCAGAGAUUGACGAGGUCUGUUGGAAAAUCUAAAGCCAUGGAGAUAGUUUUGACAGGGUGCCAGGUUCCCGCUGUUGAAGCUGAAAAGAUGGGACUGGUCAGCAAAGUCUUCCCAGCUGACAAAUUAUUAGAUGAGACCGUGAAACUAGCCGAAAAAAUUGCAAGUAACUCUCAGUUAACGAACGCAAUGGCUAAAGAAGCGGUGAAUGUUGCAUAUGAAACUACCCUCAGGGAAGGACUGAGGUUUGAAAAGAGAAUGUUCCACGGUACAUUUGGUACAAAAGAUCAAAAGGAAGGAAUGGCUGCCUUCGCAGAAAAGAGGAAACCAAACUUUACGAAUGAAUAAAUAAAAGUGCAAUUAUUCGAUAAAAGACAAUAAAACUUUAUAUUUUCACUAACCACUCAAAAAAGUACCUAUAAACAAAUAAAGCAUUUAUAAGAUUACGAAAAAUUGUCAUUUUAUAUAGCCUUCAC